AGCCGUUGGCACAAGCCACAAGCGUGUCGGCCGGUUCGGGCGAUGCAGUGAGGCACUGGCGAUGAGCAGGUUUCGGCGCCUUGCGGCAGGCACCGCAGCAGCCGCGGUUGUGGGCGGUGGCGGCGCUUAUGCCAUGUAUCGCCAGAGGCUGAAGCACAACAAGGCGGUCUCCGCGGAGGACUUCAACUCCUCCCAGAAGGAGCGUCUGGCCCCGGCCCUGGCCCGUGUAGCCAAAAAGCAGCCGCAGAGUUUGGAGAUGACGUUUCGCUACACGACCUGCCCCUACUGCGGCAAGGUUAAGGCGUUCCUGGACUACUACCGCAUUCCCCAUGAGACCAUCGAGGUGGAGCCCAUGUUCAAGUCGCAACUGGCACCCAGCGAGUACAAGAAGCUGCCACAGCUUCGCUUCGGCGGCGCAGACGGGGCCUGGCUGGUGGACAGUGAUGGCAUCGUGGACACCUUGGCUCCCUUGCUGGGCAUAGAGAGGCAGCUGAAAGACCCAGAGGUCCAACGCUGGCGCGGCUGGGCGCGGGAGUCCCUGGUGCGGCACGUGACGCUGAACAUCAACAGGACCCUCCUCAGUGCCUGGGAGGGCUAUAGAUAUAUCGACGCCUUCGAUACCAUUCCGCUGGCCAACAAGAUAUUUCUCAAGGUGGUGGGAGCUCCAAUCAUGUACAUGGUUGCAGCGAAGAAGACCUAUCCCACGCUGGUGAAGGCUGGUGAGCUUAAGGACGGUGAUGAUUGGCGCACCGUUUUCCAUCAGCAAGUGAACCAGUUCACGGAGGAGGCGGUUGGCCAGAAGCAGUUCCACGGAGGCAAGCAGCCGGACCUCGCGGAUCUGGAUGUUUACGGGGUGCUGCAGUCCAUCCGAGGCCACGAUGUCUAUCAAGACAUGUUGCAGAGCACCCGCAUUGGUCCCUGGAUGGCGCGGAUGGAUAGAGCCCUGGGUGCUGAGUAGGGCAGCUGGCGCAAUGAUUCUUAUUCGAAACACCCCGAAGCUUGGAGUGCCUGGGCCGAAGGACUUCUUAGCGAAAUCGUGGCAUCUGCAAGCCGGGGCCAAGCGCUUGGCACUUCAAAGCGCAAAGUGAGGACCCUGGUGAUAGUUGGGCAUCGGGCA